AAACGUCAGAGAGUCUCUGUGCUUUCACACGGACGGAGGAUGUGAGAGAGACAGACCUGCACGAUGGAGACCUUCAUCCAUCUUUACCUGAACCCGAUCGACGGAAGUGAAGCCAAAAUGUGACCGUCACGGAGCGUCAUUGUUUGGAUCGCUCCAGCCUUAGCAACUCUUGUUUCUAUAGCAACAGAAAUAUCAGUUUAUCCUAAAAAGUCCCAUCCCUACAAUGCAGUCCUCUAGCUGCUCCUCCCAGGCUUCAAAGCCACGACGCUUUGACGUCAGCAGACGGACCAGUACCUUAGCUGGACCAAAGUCUCACGGUCCUGGUGUUCAGAAAGAGGAUAAAAACAUGAACAAAAUCAAGACAUCAUCCCCACGCCGGGUUGUUAAAGUUACCCCUGCUCCCACCAGGACCAGGGUGGGGGUGCAACCACGAGUUCCAGUCAACCAAUCCAGGUUUGGCCCUCAAAAACAGGCUUCCACCAUCUCCAAAUCAGUUAAACCCAAGCCCAAGAUUUCGCGUGCAUCAGCAGCAACCAAAAUUGCACCUGCAGCCGUUCCUUCUCCUCCUCUUCCAUCUGUUCUCCCUCUUGACCCAAACUGCAAUGAGCCGAGCCUCCCGUGCCUAUGCUGUGAUGGACGCUCCCCUCAAGACAACAACAGUAUGUUCAACCAUAACCACAACAACAACAACACCAUCUCUCUCAGACAGCAGCUCCGGCUUCCUCCUCCUCCGGGCCCGUUGCCGAAGAGGCAGAAUGGGACAGGGCCAAAAGCGCAACCUCAACCUCCAUCGCAAGCUCAGUCCCAGGUGGAGUUACCGGUUUGCCCCGCUGCCAGCGCGGAGAACAAAGACAAGAGCGGAGAUAAAAACUCUGAUCUGGACAACAAGAAAAAUGUAAAGAUAGAGGAAGAAGAUGACGAAGAUGAGAGCAGUGGGGAAAUUGAUGACGACGACGAUGACGACGAUGACGACGAUGAUGACGACACUCUUGUCCCUUCAUGCUGUGACGGUCCCCCAUCUCUCCUGGAGUUCUCUCUCACCUCAUCUACCUCUUCGUCCUCCACUUCCAUCAGCUCCUGCUCUGAUCUGGAGUCUGACUGCACUGAUCAAUGCACCUCCAUCUGCUCUUCUCAUGACCAAGAUCGUGUUUCUGUCGCUCUGUCCCCAAAAGAGCGUUUUCUUCCUGAAGCCCUUGAAUGCCAGCCGUUUGCACCGCCAUCCCUUUCUCUUAGCCGUAAUCCCUUUUUCUUGCCAUCACAUACCCCUGUUUCCCCAUGUUCCCCAGAUGAAGGCUACCCCUCUGCCCUCGACUCCCCGUCCCCUGAUUAUUUAGGAGACAAAGAUGAUUCUGAGGUCACCAAACUAGGUUUGCUUGACUUUCUAGAAUCAGUGGGUGAGUUUGGGAAAAUGGAGCGAUUCAGCCAGGUGAUCCAAGUAGCUCGUUGGGAUCUGGAGGGGGAACAGCACUGGGAUGUUUUAAGGGAUCGGUUAGAUCACCUUGAUCGCUUGGAGAAGGUGAACAGGGAGGUAAAACUGGCUUACAUCGCCAGACUCCACGAGAAGGGAUUUGAUCUUGGAGAUCUGGAGGAGCACGAUCUCUCGGACAUCAUGGAUGAAAUGGGCAACAUUGACAUUCCCUGGAAGUUGUAUAAAUGCCCCGGGGAAUCAAUGGGAGACUCUCAGGAGUUUUCAGAUGCUGGGGUCGACCUCACUGCUCCAUCAGACUGCGAUGAUCCUCUUGUUCCAGAUUCACUCACUCCUUCCCCUGUUGAGCCACCACCAAGACCCCCUAAACCUCCUGCCCGACACGCCAGUGUCAACUCUUACCUCCAUGACUACAUCAAUAUCAGCAGAGAGACCACCUCCAUGGCCGUCUCCACCUCUCCCACAUUGUCUACUUUCUCCCCGAACUCAUCAUCCCCAACAUUCACCACUUUUAGAUGCGAGAAACCUCUUCCUCCAUCUCCACCAUCAGUUCCUCCUCUCCCUGCCUCUAAAGCAGUCCCUUACCUCACCCUCUAUACUACUCCCUCUCCACCUAGACCCAUCCCCACCCCAACUCCCCCCAUCCCCCCCCCUCGGAAACGCCACCUUGCCAGGAAGGAGGCACAGCGACUUGCUGCUCUUAAAGCUGAGGAAGAAAAGACCCCGCUGUCUCUCCCACCUCCUACGUCGCGUCCACCACCUCUUCCCCCUCCACCUGUUAUCUCCAUAUCCUCCGCAUCUCCUCCUGCCGUACCACCUGCCCUGCCUCCUCCACCCUCCUUCCAUGCACUGGAUGUCGAGAUCCGCAAGCUUCUAAUGCUUGCAGGAUUGACCCAGGCUGAACUACUCAAACUCAGUCCAGAGCUUGGCGUCUGUGUCGGAGGGCUAGACGAUGAGGUAGAUGGAGUAGAUCUUCCUCCAUCCAGAUCCGUGGAAUCACAUGAGUUUAGACUAAAAAACAGGGAGGAGGAGAAGGAGUGUGACUCCCAAUUCAUGGAAAAAGACGGAUGCAGCAGCAGAAGCAAGCUAGACGGAGAUGAAAGGGUAGCUAUAGUUGAAGAAGUUAAAAGAAAGGAGGAGAGCAAAGACACACAAAAGACCACCACAUUCACCGAGAUGGCAAGAAGAAGGAAGAGGAACAGUGGCACUGGUCUUAGCAAUACACAUGAUACCAAAGCAAAUGACAUGAGCUUUGAGACUUUCCAUUACUCCACUGAGUUGCUAGAGUCACCUCCUCCUCCUCCUCCUCGCCCCUUACCACCGAUCCCGCCAUCUUUGUCACACCCUAAAGUCAGCACUCUUUCUGCCAACUCUGCACAACCCGAUCGCUUUGACUGGCUAAUAGCAUUCACACCCGACAACGACGCCCCACCACAACCUCCGCCCCCUGAAAUGAGAAAAUCUCCUCUGGAGAGUCAAAAGAAGACUGGUUCAUCCGGUUCCGCUCCAAACGUCACAACCUUCAAAGAGCUGCGCUUCCGUAACAAGAGCAACUCCCCACUGACGAGGGUGAUCACUGACCCAGAGCCUGACCCCACAGUCAUCACCCCGGACCCAGAUAUACUGUACAACCUGAAGUGGAGAAGGGAGAAGGUCGGAAGCGAUGGUAUCCAGUGGGAAUACACCUCUCAGGCUCAGGCGCUGUUCAUGCAGCCACCACCUGCUCUCACCUCCAUGGCUGCUCUGAAGGAGAUGCUCCAGAGGGCUGACGAGGAGGGUGGACAGCCAGAGCUGUGCCCAUCACAGAAGAUUGGCUGCUCCGUCAGCGAAAACAGUCUGUGGACCGUGGGCAGAGAGUGGCAGAGUGAGGAAGUUCAGAGGGAGGAAAAAGAAGGAAAGGAGGAAGAAAAAAAGGAGGAGGUGGAGGUGAGAGGACAAGCAGAUGGAGGGCGGACUUUGCAAUCAAGAACUACAGAAGUUUCCUCACCCCCACUCUCCCUUGCCCAGUCUCCCCAACCUUACUUCCUCCACGCUGCCGUGCCUUCCUAUCGCCCUGGCUACUCUAACUCACAGCACCAUGCAGAUCCAAGGCCCCACACCCAUGUAGGCAGAGAGUCCACAGACAAACACUGCAACACAGAGCGGGUUUCUGCAGCCAGCUCCUCCUGCAUCUACAGAGACGAUUCCACCACUGAUAUAAGUUCUGGCUUUAAUUACGAUUCCCUGGCUGAUGCAGGUGUAGAUCUCCCUCCCGAUUAUGAGAACGUCUUAAAGCAAACCACACGCGCUAAUGACAGGAAGUUUGUGUCUGACUCUGUUUGCAAUUUUGACUCUCUUUACUGCAGUGAGUCAGGGAAGAAUAAUGACACACACACUGAGUCGGACCCGCCACUUAGUGGCACCACUGAGGCACCAGGUUGCACUACUCCAUAUAAGAACAUAGAUGUCAUGAUGACGUAUUCAAACAGCAUUAAUGCAAUGGAUUCACUGUGUGCAGAAAAGCACACACACUCACACGUAGACAUCCGCAGCAGCAGCAGCAGCAAUAAGGCCAGGACAUUCAAAGAACUUCCUCCGCUGCCUACCUACUACCUAUACCACCCUAAGAACUGCCCUCUGCACAGGGGUGCACCUCCUCGCCUCUCCCCCAUUGGAGCCUUGUCUCCUCCCCAGCGCCCUGGAGCUCCCCCUCCAGCCGUUGCGGGCUCCUCAGGCCUCAGCUCCCCGCUUUUUCCCCGCUCGCACACCUUGCCUGCCCUCGCUGCUCCCCUCUACUAUCCAAACCUCUACCCUCCUAUACCAACCAGGGCUCCCCCCCUACCCCCAAAACUCUACCAGGCUCCUCCGCAGUCACGUUUGGCGACUGUUCGUAGUGUCUCAUACGCUGGCUCCGUACAGAGGGGAGACUCAUCCUGGAUGGGCGAAGAUGUCAAGUUUUCAAUGAGAGGUCUUGGCCUGUCCUCGCUGUGCCUGCAGGAGAAGAAAGCUCUGGUCAGUGCAGUCAAUGUGGCAGUGGAAACCAUUUUGGCCCAUUUCAGUUCAUCUCGGACUGUGGUUCAGAAGUCUCUCUCAGUUAACAAGGCCUUAUCAGGCGACAGCUCUGUAAAUCCAUCUCUGGGCCGCCUGGUGCUGCAGUGCCUCUGCCCUGCGCUGCACAGCUUGCUGACCGAUGGCUUGAAACCCCACCAGAGUGACCUGAUUGCAGGCAGGAGGCCAAACUCUGCCUGGGGCUUAGUGCAGGCCUCAACCAAACCAGGUCCUAAAACACAAGCUUUGUUCAACCUACACGUUCGAGUCGGGGAGCUGGGCCAGCUUAGGCGUAACAAACACCGGUUCAAUGCAUUCCUCCUUGGUCUCCUGAAUACCAAGCUUCUGGAUUUCUGGCUGUCUCACCUUCAGUCGUGUUGUGAUGUGUUGGAAACAUUCUACCAUCCCUCGUCCUUCAUGCUUCUGUCUCUGACCACCUGCCAGCCUCUGUUUGAGGAGCUGCUCCUUGUGUUGCAGCCUCUCAGUCUCCUCACCUUCAACCUUGACCUGCUCUUCCAGCACCACCACUUAGAGCCAGACAGUCACGUCCCAGAGAUCCCUCGUCCGCCCGGUCCGGGAGCAGGGAUCCAGCUGUCGACGAAGGAGUCUCAAUCCAAAAUCCCAACCGGCAAAUAUAUUAGAAGCCUGUCAGAAGUAGACUUUGGAAGCCCAGAACAUCAGGCAGCUAAAGAAAAAUGGUCACCAGUGACUGAUCCAAAGAGUUCAGGCGAGGCGACCGAUUUCAGUGCUGCGACUUUAAACGUUUCGAACACUCUCAGUCAAACAAGUCCACAGCUUUUGUGGGUACAGGAGAAGGAAAUUGAAGCGUUACCUCCUCCAAACAUGGAGGACGACAGCCUUGCUCAGCAGGCAGGACAGGUGAUCCAGCAGGGAUGGGGUGCUGUAAUGCGCUGGGGAGGCAGACUGAGCCAGAACCUGAAUGAGCUGAGCCUGUCCGCAGGUAAAAGGGAGGAAAUGAGGGCAGACUUGCCGGACCUCCACACUCAGGCAGGAAGUGACUACGCUCCGGUUAGCAGCGGUGCUCAGGUUCCCUGGGGUCUGGGCCGGCUGUUUGGAGCUUCGAAAAGCCCCAUCAGCCCCACAAAUCACUCACUGCCCACCAGGCGUCCCUCUCAGUGGUUGGCUCCUGGUGUCACGGCAUUGACCCGAAUGGUGAGCAGCACCUCCGCUCCGAUGUUAAAGAGGGCCCCGGAGCCUCAGCGAGAAAGCGAGCCAAAGUCAGAGAGAGAGACUGAGUCACUGGAGAUGAAGGACAAACCCCGACCACUCAGGUCAGUGCGAACACUGUGCGACCACAACGGAACAGGUUCGGAGCUCAGCUUCUGCAAAGGUGAGGAACUCCAGGUGUUGGGAGGCGUCGAUCAAGACUGGAUCCGUUGUCGUCAGGGAGACAAAGAGGGACUGGUACCUAUCGGAUACACGUCCCUGAUCAUGUGACUUUGGCGCCAUAACUGCUGCACUACAUAAAAAAAUAUAUAUAUAUUUUAGGCAGUUAUGGAAACGUUAUGGUGAGGCCCCCUCUACUCUGAAAGGGAUAUUUCACACUUGCUUGGUUAGAGUUCGAGUUGAGUGCACAACACCAUCUGUUCUGCUAUGCGUUCACUGUGAGCCGUCUGCAGCUCUCUUCCUUUAUGAGCAUAAGGGUUUUUCCCCAUAACAAUUCAUCCAGUUUGGCAGCAUGAAACUAAUGGGUUUUAGCAGCAGAAAUGCAGCAGAUGGUGUGAAAUAAUCACUCAAAUCAAAUUUUGACCACUUCAUACUGGAAGCCUUUUGGAUCUUAAGAGUGAAGUAUCCCUUUUUAAAAAGUCUCUCUCUCAGUCUCUGCUUUACUCGCUCUUAGCCGCUGGUCUGAAAACGACCACAGCGGACGAUCAGUGCUGUCGAAACCAAUCGUGCGUUUUCAGAUCAGUGGCUCUUGUACCUGUGUUCAUCAGCGGUGCAGAGCCGUGGUUCACAGGUUGUUGAGUGGAGAAAGCACCGGGGCCCAAAGCCCCUGAUGCAAACUGCGUAGUAAUGUCGUGAAUUGUAGCCGUGUACAUCCGUGUUCGAUUGACCUCUCACCUCUAUCGCCUGGUUUCAUGUGAGUUUGUCAUGUUUCCGAAACUAUAUGCGACUGUAAAGUAUACAUAAAAAAUAUAUAUAAAUAGAUAUAUAAAUAUAUAUAGGUAUAUAAAUUCAGAUUAUUACCGAGGUAGAUGGGAAGAUAGAUGAACAAGAGAAAGGCAGCGAAACAUGAGCAGCUCGAUGCGGUGGCCUCGCCGAGGAGGGCGAUGAUUAAUAAUGGAUGGAUUCAUUCUUUAUCUUAACAUCUGUGACUUUUCACACACAUCCGAUGGCCGCCAGUCGCACUGGAGAAAAAAGAACGGUGUGUGUGUUUCCUUUAGGUAUGAAAUGCAGCGACUUCCCCACUUUUAUGUAUCACCACUGUCUUGUUAUAAUGUCAUAUUAAUGAAAUAAUUAGACAUGUAAUAUUAUUCAGAACUUAAAAAAACAAAACAAAAAAAAAAACACGUAUGCAUUGUAGUGUGCCAUGAAUGCUUUGGAAUAAUGCCAGAAGAAUAUCCAUCGGUCCCACACAUUUAAGUUAAUAAUAUCAUACAACAGCAGUCUGUAGCUUCUCUCUCUCCAUCCAUGGAAAACCUCACAGGGCCAAUGUGAGCGAACACCUCACUAAACUAUGCUCAGCUCUUGUUCCUCUCUAUCUAGACUUAAAAAUAUGAAGAAGCCCGUUGAUUCAUGUAAAUCCCAACAGCUACAGUAAAGUCUGCAAGGUUUGGUGGCUGGUUUUCACCGUGUACCUCAGCUUUCAUAUUUAACUUCCUGCCAUAUUUCAUAAUCAUUGAUAUUAUUAAUGAUAGUGGUAGUAGAAGUGGUCGUGGUGGAAAUGAUAUGUUGACCCUAAAGUUGCUCACCUGAAAUAUGUUGCUUUUGUGUCAUAAUUAUUCUCUAGAUUCUGUAUUUAUGACUAUGCAUAAUAGUUCAAUGUACAAAGUCAUAAUUAUAAUUUUAAUGUUACUGUGCACGUGAAGAUAAAAGUACUCGCUUAAAUGGUUACAAGUUAAAAACAAAAAAAAAAAAAGCUGGUCCAAAAUAAAGAAAUAAAAAAGAAAUAAAGAAAGGACCUGCCUCCAAAUGACCUCAUCGUAAUUCAGCAGGAACAUUUCAGUGAUGUCAAUCAGGGAAAAGUUCAGUCCUUCAAAGUUUCUCCAUCUUUUUUGUGUUGAUGCCAUGUAGCAUGAGUUCACUGUCACUACAGCAAAAGUCCAGUAGCAUAAAACUCAGCCAGUGCUCAUAAUGUGUAACGAAUGAUCCUAGCAAAAUGCCAUCAAAUGGAAAUUACCUAGGUGUUUUACAAGAAAUCAAGACAUAAUAUAAAACUGAAGUGAUAUAAAAUCAGUUCACUCUUUGACACAUGGUGUUGAUUCAUUUUUUUUUUAUAAUGUGAGAUUAUAUUCUAAAUGCAUUUUGUUUUGAAAAGCUCUUAAUUUAUUAGAUGUAUUUAUUGAUCUUGAGGUUUUGGAGAGGAAUAACUAAAUGUCCCAUCUAAUGUCUCUCUCCCUCUCUAUCUGGGUUGAGUGCGUGUUUAUGCACAUAUGAGGCAGUGAAAGCAGUGACGAGUGUGAGCACAAAUGAGUAUCUGCACAUUCUGCACUUCAACUUGUGUGUGUGUGUGUGUGUGUGUGUGUGUGUUCUCCUUUUUAUCUCACUGGUGUCAUGUAGCCUGUAGACGGCCCCCAGUAUCCCACUAUUGCAUUUAGUUGAGUGCCCCCCUAGUGUCAGUCACUGUCCACCUCCUGCAUGUGCUUGUUUGUAAAUACACCAAAUAAAAAGGAUCAGUAUAAACCAA